UUGAACAAAACGCACAGAGUUAUAAAAAUUUAAUUUCCCGUCUAAUUUGUGGAAAGUUUUCAACAAUUUUUGUAUUUUUGUGUAUAACAAAGCAAAUUAGAGUUUUAUUUCAUAAACCGUUUAUUGCCCCAAGUGAAUCGCAUUCGAGGAUAUUCAACUGUUUUAUCUGAGUCAUUGAAUAAUCAUUUUUGCUAACCAAAUUCAUAAAAGUAGAAAAAAUGGAUGCUGCAAAUCGCCGACAAAUGGAAAGUUUCCUUAAAAUGGUUUUAGAAAAAAGACGUGAGAAUCAAUACCUUUCAAUUCGCAGCUUGCACAUCAUAUCCACCGAAUCGAUAACAAGUGAUCAAAUUCGAACUUAUUUCGAAAAAUUUGGUAAUAUUGAUUCUGUUCAAUGGAAUAAAAUGAAUCAGGCAUACUAUGGAUUCGUGCAAUUUGGCUCGGAAAAGAGUGCUAAAAUGGUCUUGCAAUCACGUCAUCGCAUUGGAAACAUUACUCUCAAAGUUAGACCGGCUGACGAAUGGCUUCAACCAGAUUUCCAACGUAUUCUUCGAAUUCUAAACGAUGAUUGCUUACAAGAAGUGUUUUUGCGAUUAGAAUUAUCCGAUCUCGCCAAUGCAGCUGAAGUGUGUGUUCGGUUCCAAAAUGUGGCACAAAAAGCAUUUAUCACAAAAUUUAGGAGCGUAGAUUUGAUGGGACUGAAAUUGAAGCGGAGAAAUGUGAAUGGCCACAUCUAUUAUGAUGAAGUGUCUGAUUCUGAUAUGGAAAAAUUAAUAGACAAGGUUCUACGCAAUUUCGGUCGGUUAAUCCAAUCUGUCGGUUAUAUACUUGAUAAAAGAAUUCUCGAUUUGGUUUUGCGUUACUGCAUUCGUGACAAUGAAUCUAAUUUGAAAGAGCUUGUUAUUCAAGGUAUUCCCAUGACUAACGAUUUAUUUCAGAAAUUGCUCAUAUUUUCUUCAAAAUUGGAAAAACUUUCGUUUUUUUCCUGUAAAUUCGAUGACGAUUUUGAUAAAAGUUUAGUUUUAAAUUUCUCUGGACUCACUGAUUUACGUUUAAAUUGGGGCGACAGUGAGAUUGAAAAAGAGGUGUUGUAUAACCUGAUCACAGCAAAUCGCACAACAUUGAAAAAGCUAAGCGUUUUCACAGGAUGCACUUCCUUAAUUGGAUUUUGUCAGUUUGUUGGAGAAAAUUUAUCAAAUUUAGUCGACCUGUCUUUGGACAUAGAAUAUAAAGGCUCACAGAUGCUACAGUUUCAAGAAGAUGUUUUACAUUUGGCCAAUUUAAAUAAUUUGACCAAUUUUCAAAUGGGCUUCAAUUAUCAGGAUGCAUCACCGUUAAUUGAGUUGUUUGCAUUCAAUAAACUCAACCUUCAAUAUUUGAGCCUGAGAGAUACGAAAAUAAAUACGAAAACAAUCGAUAGUAUUUGCCAAAUGAAUGAAAUAAAUGAAAUAAUUUUUUAUUCGGUUUUGGGGUUGGAUUUAAACGAAAAACAUUUAGUCCAGUUGGCCAAGCAUUUACCAGAGCUCAAAACAUUCUCACUGUAUCAGUGUUCAAUGAAAGCUGACGUAUCUUCAUUGAAAAAAAUUCUAUCUUAUGCUAAGAAAAUGGAACAUUUACAGAUUAUAAUGCAACCGGAAGCUAAAGUUGAUCGAAAAGAAUUUCAAACCAUUUCGAAUAUUGUUCAAAGUCGAAUAAAUAAAACAAGCAUACAAAUUAAAAUGCUUGGUGGAAAAUUGGCUGUAGCUAAAAGAGUAUUAUCGAAACACAAGGAAUGGAUUGAUAUUUAUUGCAAUAACAGCUUUGAUGAUGCAAUGCUUGGUUUUUGUUAUAUUCAUCAAGGAACAAUUGAUGAAGACAAUCAAUACGAACCAAAUCAACAUCAUUUUGUAAUGAGAGAAAUUGACGAUGAUUCGGAUAAUGACAAUAUUUGA